AAGUGCCGAGGGUAUUGAACAAAAUAAUGCCUUCUGGCUGUAUAAAAUUGAAAGUAUACUUUAUUGACCAUUUAUAUUUUCUGAAAGAUACAAUUAAACAGUAAUGAACCUUCUCAUGUCGAUGUCUCCUUUUUUUAUUGCAGCAAGGGCUGGUGCUCCUGAAAGCAGUAAUCUUGUUUAUCCUGUGGACCGUAUGUCGCUCGACGGGACUCACCAUCCUGCUCAGGGGAGUCAUGCCUCCCGGCCAAGUGGAUAUUCUUCCUCGAAUCCAAAUAUGGAAAUUCCACACUGUCAGCCACAGGUUCAAGGUCCUCUUCAUGAUCCUUUUUUGCAUUCAGGUACUGGUGGAGGCUUUCAUAUGAUCCAUGAGAGUAAUCCACAUCAAGCAUCUUCAUCAAGCCACGGAGGACAGACAUAUCAUGGGGUGGAUGGAGGCCUUGUUGACCUCACAAUGGGUAGUGGGAGAGGGCCAUACAAACGGAAGAGUCCUGGUAUACCUGCAGGUGGUGAAAGUGGCAGUAGGAGCAGAUACUUUGAUGCUGGCAGUUCAUCUGAUCUCCCUUCUGACUCUUGGCAUGAGAGACAAAAUCCGGACUCCCAUUACACAAGUUGGGGUUUACAGCCUAGUUACAGAGGUAAUAGUCUGUCUAUUGGAGGUGAAGGUUCUCAGAGGAAUGUAAGAAGCAGAACCGCAUUUGACCUGCAAAAUAAUGUAGGAAGGGCUCAUACAACAAGUACUCCUUCACAUCAUUCUAAUAGCAGUAGAACAAGCACUGAUUAUUGUAGUUCAGUGAACUAUCUAGCUUCAAGUUCAAAUUCUUCAGCAAGUGAGUGGAACCAUGCAGUCAUGCCGCCUGCUGCUGCUCAUGGGAGGAAUUUCCCUCCUGAUUCAAGCUUCUAUUGUUAUGAUAUGAACCACUAUGAUAUGGUUACCGGCAAUAUCUCUACCUCUCUAGAGAUGGCGAAUUGCCACAAUGAUUUCAACUCCAACAGAAGUUCCCUUCCUCAACAUUUGCCUGGCAACUUGCAAUCUUAGAGGGUAGUCCGAAGUAGCUACAAUCAAAGAUCUUCCCCUGCUUUUAGGGCUUCUUCUAGCUAUUUGCGCCAUGGGCAUGUUGAUAUUCAGGUGACGCAUCACAGUUGUUUGCUGAAGGUUACUCCUCAAGACAUUCACGGCCAUUGUCUGUUCUAGGAUUGCGUAGUAGCGCCGAAAUGGGAGAACUAGGGUAUCUAGUGAUAGGUACAGAUCAUUGGCUGGUGUUGCAGGUGUCCGUGAGCAACUUGCAU